AUGUUGUUCAAGUCCCUCGUUUUAGGUGUGGCCGGCCUUGUGGCCGCCGCUGACUCUUCUUCCCAGAAGUGCUCGCUUUCCACCACCAUCUCGGCUGCCUCCGCCAUUUCUGACCUCGCUUCCUGUCCAACCUUGGACGGAACCAUUGAAAUCACUGGUGAUGCCAUUGGUAACCUUGACUUGGGCCAGGUCCAGACCGUCAAGGGUGACAUUAACAUUUUCAACUCGUCGUCCAUCACUGCCAUUGACUUUUCUGGUUUGGGCAACAUCACGGGUUCCUUGUCGUUUGACGCUUUGACUCAGUUGCACGCUAUCCAGUUCAACCAGUUGCAAAAGGCUAAGAAGUUGGCUUUUAUCUCCUUGCCUUCCUUCUCCUCGCUUAACUUGAACUCGGGCCUUGCUGACGUCAGCUCCUUGACCUUGUCUGACACUGCCAUUUCUUCUGUUGACAAGCUUUUGCAGUUUGACAACAUUGGCGUGUUGAACAUCAACAACAACAAGAACGUCACUUCCAUCGACUUGUCUGGCCUUAAGACUGUUUCUGAGGGCUUGACCUUGUCUUUCAACUCCGACAAUGCCACUGUCAAGUUGGAGAACUUGAUCUGGGCUGCCAACUUGACCAUCCAGGACGUUGGUGACUUGUCUAUUGACAACUUGGAGUACGUCAACGGCUCCUUCCAGCUCGCUUACAACGGUUUCGACGAGGUUACUUUUGACAACUUGAAGAGCGUCGGUUCUUCUCUCCAGAUCUUUGCCAACGACGAGUUGUCUUCCUUCUCCAUGAACAACUUGACCGAGAUUGACGGUGAGCUUCGUAUUUUCAACAACUCCAAGUUGGAGGACAUUGAGCUUUCUUCUUUGGAGACCGUCAAGGGUGCCAUCAACAUCAAGGGUGACUUUGGCAACUUCACUUUGCCAGAAUUGAAGGAGGUUGACGGUGAUUUCUCCGUUUCUUCCGAGAAUGAGGACUUUUCUUGUAAGCCAUUCGUCAAGUUGCACGACAACAAGAAGAUCAAGGGCCACAACUUCAACUGUUCCUCGCCAACCUCUUCUUCUGCUGCUUCUUCUUCUUCCGGUUCUUCCAAGAGCUCCGGCAACUCCAAGAGUUCUGGUUCUGGUUCUUCUGGUUCUGGUUCUGGCUCUGGCUCUGGCUCUUCUUCCGAGGGUGCUGCUGCCUCCUACUUGACCCCAGGCAUGAUUUUGUCUUCUGUUGUGGGUUCUAUCGUUGCUCUCAUGGUUUAA